UUCAUUUCUUCAUUUACUGCAACACCUUGAUCAUAUCAACAAUGGCUCCAGCAUAUUCUAGCUACCUUUGCAUGUUUGUAAUGGCUUUAUUCAUGUUCGUGUUGGCAAGUUCUCGUGUAGAUGCUUUGGUAACUUCUACCGCCAUACUUGUAAGAGUCGACCAAUCGGGAAAAGGAGACUACAAGAAGAUACAAGACGCCAUUGAUGCAGUGCCAUCCGAUAACAAAGAGCCUGUUUUCAUAUUAGUUAAGCCUGGCAUCUAUCAAGAAAAGAUUGUUGUCCCUGCUGACAAGCCCUUCAUUACCAUAAGUGGCUUAAAAGCAAAUGGCACGAUAAUAACUUGGAAUGAUGGUGGGGAGAUAUUUGAAUCUCCUACCUUCACUGUGUUGGCUUCAGAUUUUGUUGCCCGAUAUCUUACUAUUCAGAAUACAUUCGGGGCCAGAACUAAAGCAGUUGCUUUAAGGGUAUCAGGAGAUAGAGCAGCUUUCUUUGGAUGUAAAAUUUUAGCUUAUCAAGAUACUUUGCUAGAUGACAAUGGAAGACAUUAUUACAAAAAUUGUUACAUUGAAGGAGCAGUUGACUUCAUUUGUGGGAAUGCCGCUUCCCUUUUUGAGAAGUGCCAUUUACAUUCACUCUCAGAAGGAGAUGCAUCUAUAACAGCCCAACGGAGGGAGUCUCCUUCAGAGGAUACAGGCUUCACUUUCUUGGGUUGCAAGAUAACUGGCGUAAGGAGUGCUCUACUAGGAAGGCCAUGGGGUGCAUAUUCCAGGGUGGUUUUUGCCCUAUCUUAUAUGUCUGGUGCGAUACUGCCCCAAGGGUGGGAUGACUGGGGUGACACAUCCAAGCAAAGCACGACGUUCUAUAGAGAAUAUAAAUGUUAUGGACCUGGAGCUAAUGCAAGGAAAAGGGUUGAAUGGUCGGGAAAACUAACGACAGAAGAGGCAGAAGUUUUCAUGACAAAAAAUAUGAUUGGUGGCAGGAGUUGGAUCAGGUCUACACCUACCCAUUUCAAGAAAGCUUCCACUGCCAUUUCUAACAACCCAGCUACACAUGCUUGAUCAUAAAAAAACAUCAAUUUUAAAUGUUAGCUGAUAUGGUAAUGUGGAUGACCAAUGUUGUUACGCAUAUGCUUUUCUACCUUAUUAUUUGGUUUUUAUUACUAUACUGUAUUUAUUCGAUUAUUUAUUUGUAAUUAUUUCAAAAUAAUAAUAAUAAGUGAAUUUCCUCA